GCCGCGGAGCGUGAUGACUGCGCUUGGACCCGGGAUCCUAGAUUACACCUUUGAAUGUCACACGAGUGAAGUAAUCGGAGCCCUGAACCUGCUAGUUGUCCCCGGGAGCAUUUCCCCUCUUUUUUCAUGACAACAAUUGCCACUCAAAUUCGACAAUUUUUCGAUAACGUCGCAAUGGUAUAUAGGCGUUGGAGAAGGCAGAUACUGCUCGCUGUUACUGCUGUUUUCGUCGUUACUGUCGUUACAUUAUCUGCGCGCCUUGCGCCGCCAAAAUCUUCACCUGUCGACUCAAAAGAUGGUGCAAGUCACGAAUCAUCAUUAGAUUCUCCCUCCUCCCCUAAGCCGAGCACAAGCAAGAACCAGGCGUGUCCUAUUUCCCCACCACAGCCGGCAAUAUCACCCGAUAGUCAGGGCCGAUUUGACUGGAGAACAAUCCAAGCGAAACACCCAGUCGAAUCGUAUACAAGCCUGCCCACAGAACGGCCCUCAUCAUUGCCUGCCGUACAGCAUGUAUUCAGGAAAGAGCCGGCAAAAGCACGCGAACAGCGCGCUGCAAGACAGGAAGCCGUAAAGGAAGUCUUCAAACGAUGUUGGGGUUCCUAUCGAGACCUGGCAUGGAUGAAAGAUGAAUUGGCGCCCAUCUCAGGAAGCUCCAAGAACACCUUUGGAGGAUGGGGUGCGACGCUGGUCGACAGUCUCGAUACGCUCUGGAUCAUGGAUAUGAAAGACGAGUUUUCAGAUGCAGUAGAUGCUGCCGUUGGUAUAGAUUUCGGGCCCCGAGGCUCCGAUGACGUCAACAUGUUUGAAACAAUCAUACGAUAUCUUGGAGGGUUUAUCGCUGCGUACGACGUAUCAGACUGCAAAGAUGCCCGUCUGCUACAAAAAGCCAUCGAAGUCGGCGAUAUGGCAUAUGCAUCGUUUGACACACCGAACAGGAUGCCCGUGACGAGAUGGAAUCCCCAGAAAGCGGUAAGCGGACAGCAACAAUUGCCGGCAGAGUCCGGUAUCAUUGCAGAGAUGGCAUCUGCUAGUGUCGAAUUUACGCGGUUGUCCCAGUUGACUGGAGACAUGCGGUACUUUGAUGCUAUAUCUCGGAUUAGCAACGUCAUGGACGAGCAGCAAAGCCGAACUAGGCUCCCAGGAAUGUGGCCGGUUGGAGUCAAUGUAAGAGCUCCAGACUUGACGACCGGAGGCCAGUUCAGCCUAGGCGCAAUGUCCGAUUCAGCCUACGAAUACCUCCCGAAAAUGUACCAGCUACUGGGUGGAGCAGGCGAAGCGGCGCAACAGUACCGUCGAAUGUAUGAUUAUGCCAUGACCACAGUCAUAGACCAUUCUUUAUUCCGCCCGAUGGUAGAAGACAAAGCCGACAUCCUGGUAACAAGCAGCGUAGGAGCUGAUGGAAGAAGGGAUAGUUCCGGGCAGCAUUUGACAUGCUUUGCUGGAGGCAUGCUCGGCCUCGGUGGUCAAAUUACAGAGAACGAAACUCACGUCGCAACCGGUCGCAAGCUCACAGACGGCUGUAUAUGGACUUACGAACACGCCCCACUCGGCAUCAUGCCAGAAGUCUUCUCAAUGUACGACUGUCCAGAUUUGUCAGAAUGCGACUACACUCGCGAACCGGGUGCCAGCCCUUUCAGCAACAUAAACGAUGCACGAUAUAUUCUGCGCCCAGAAGCAAUAGAGUCAGUAUUCUACAUGUACCGCAUCACCGGAGACUCGACAUACCAAGAUAAAGCCUGGGCAAUGUUUGAAGCGAUAGAAAACAACACAAGCACUCGCUUCGGCAACGCCGCUAUCCGCGAUAUGACGAAGAGUCCCCCAGAUUUGGAUGAUAGCAUGGAAAGCUUCUGGAUGGCGGAGACGCUCAAGUACUUUUAUCUUAUAUUCAGUGAGCCAGAUACGAUAAGUCUGGAUGAAUGGGUGUUCAAUACAGAAGCGCACCCGUUUCGUGUCCCGCGUCCAUAGAAGGCUACCUUAGAUGUUCAUAGAUAGGGGCAAAAAGAAAUUGGAAAUCCUCAAGUAAA